AUGAGCGCUGACGAAGGAGAGGAUGUUGCAUCAAUGCCCCAUGUAAAUGGCGAUUCCCAUUCGGACGUGGGCGCUGUCGCAACCCCAGCAAAGAGGAAGCGUGUUGCCCAGGAUGAGAAGUCCGAAGCCGGCUCUUCUACUUCGCAAGAUAGAGCCAACCUCCAUGAGACCUUGCGCAAUUUAAUUAGUCUCCUCCUCAAGCACGAUACUGAGCUCAAACUUCUGUCCUGUCCAUUUCCUAUCUCUGCUGCGAAGCCCCGAACGAAACGCGCCAGAACGUCAAAUGAUCCAGAAACUACCACGAUCCAAGCACGCGUGGAGGCAGAUCAUUAUGGUACCCUGCAAGAGUUUCUGUCCGACAUCGAGCGGGCAUCUGCUGCUGUAAUCGAGCAAAGCCGAAAUCAAUCGAAUGGCACUCAAGCUGAUGGGACUCCGUUGACUGAAAUGGUCAAUCGCAUCGCCGCGUUCAAGAAGCAUAUGAACAGCCUUGUUGGCCAGUCUUUCGUCAAUCAGGUGGAUGUCAAGACUGAGGCUGAAGAUGAUGCCGAAGACAUCUCUUCCGCCCCGUCUCAUGUUGGUUCCCGGGAGGACAAGCAAGCUCUGACCUUCUUCGGUGGAAGCCAGUCAAAUCCAAAGCAACUUUUCUCAAGUUUACAGAAAUCCGUGAAAGUACCUCUACAAUCUGCCGAUUCGACAGUGGAGAAGAUCGUCGAGGUGCAAGAAGACCUCCGUGAAGGCGCCUUGCCAAACGGAAUUUCGACAACCAGGGUUGUUCCAUACAACUUGAACUCUGGUCCAACAUCAAAGAGAACAUUUGGAGAAGUGUUUGCUCCUCGCUCGGGCUUGCCCAAGUAUGAACCCCCUCGCAAGCGACUUCAUCAAAGUACGACAGACCCAUGGAUAGAUCAUUUCGAUCUCCUUCUAGAUCCAGGAAACUUUUCUGGUGGUACAAAUAACUAUAACCUUGCACCGCUGCCUGCCACUCAAUGGUUGCAGUAUGGUGGAGUCACAUCAUCGCCGGCAUUCUGGACCCGGGUCGAAAAACAUAACGCCCAGCCAGACAUCGCCUCAAGGCAUGCGGAUCCAGCUCUGUGGACUGACGAAGACACUUCUCUAUUUCAGGGAGUCUACUCGUCAUUUGCCCCUUCUUACGAUAGCUCGGGGGCAAUUGUACAAGCCGAUGAGAGGAAUGCUGUGUGGUGGAGGAAAAGAGGUGCAAGGCGUCUGCGAUCGCUUCUCUCUUUGCAGUACCCGGCACAGGCAGAGGAUGAAGUGGAUAUUGCGGCCAUCGACAAUAUUGACGAUUCUACUCUAGAAGAAGUCAUCAAGGAUGCUAAACCACGCGACUAUGCUGAAUACCUUGCUGAAUAUGAAUCAACCGAAAAGGAAGAGAAGGAUAUUGCCGAUCGAGAAGUCGACGAUGUCCUAGCGGAAAUCUCUGGGCUCCUAGAGACCUUGAGCUCCUACCAGAAAACCCGUAGGAUCAAUGCUCUAUUCUCCGGCAAGGAAAGCAAGGAAGAACAGCAGGAUAAAGAAGAGUCCGAAUCCAAGCAAGCACCCCUUCCAGACUUUGGCGAAGCUGAUAAGCCGUCUGAUGCGGAACGGGCUGUUUAUGAGUCUCUGCAGUCCCGCUUGGUGGCUCUAGUCAGUGCUGUGCCACCUUACAUUGUGGCCAAGGUUGAUGGCGAUCAGUUGGGUGAAUUAAACAUCAGCCAAAAGAUCAUUAUUGAGAACCCUGAUUGGAGUGGUACUAUGGAGAAGGAUGACUACACCCUUCAUCAAGAACGUACUGCAGCCAUUGCAGCUCAAACGGCCGCUGCUGCGAAUCGGGCCUCCGCUACUCCAUCCGCCUCACGGCCUGGCAACUACCAAGCGCCUCAAAGUGCAUACGGUCAACGCAAUUACACACCCAAUACUCGCCCUACAAGUGGAUACCAAGUUCCGCAAGGCCGUCAACCCGCAUCAUCGGUCAAUUUCACCCCCGGCUACACUGGCGGUCGUCCACCAAGCACACCGCAGCGCCCUUACAACCCCCAGUACUCGCAAGCGAACCCUCAAUACAGCCAGGCCAAUAAUGUCCCUCAAUUUCAGCGUCCCACGCCCAACGGGGUUUCCCAACAGACUCCUCAAGGCUAUACACCGCGCCCUGGACAAACCUCAUUUAGCGCAACUCCUCAAGCGCGCACACCACAGCUGCCUGCUGGCUCGACCCAGCGGUUGCCAUAUGCGAACCAGACACCAUCUCAGGGCACUCCACAUAUUCGCACUGCUGCAGAGCAGGCGGCCCUCAUCGACCGCAACAAGGCCCAGUUAGCGGCCCAGCAAAACCGGCAAAGCCCUUCAACACCUCAACCCCAGAGUCUCGAUGCCCGCCGCUCGGCAGAGGGUAGCUUGACUCCUGGUAGCAAGCCGAACGGAACCCCCGUUCCGUCAUGA